AUGAGUCCGACUACCAGCAAUGCGGUCUUCUUGGCCGCUUGUAUCAAAUAUGCAAAGGAGAAAAUCGUUGUCGACUUCGAGGCAUUGUCGAAGGAGCUCGGCAUGAGCAAGGGCGGCGCUGCCAACAAGUUCCGGAUUAUCAUCAAGCAGCUUGAAGAGGAUGGUGCGGCGUGGAUCAGCAAAGUCGACAAAGAGCCCAACGCUCCUCCCGCCACCUCUACCAAACGCAAGGCCCCCGCCAAGAAGGACUCGGACAAGGCGCAAAUCAGCGUCAAGGACGAGGGUGGAAGUACGUCUGAAGACAAUGACAUCGAACCUCUCAAGAAGAAAGCUCGAUCGAGUUUCAUCAAGAAAGACCCCCCGAAGCACACUGAGGAUGCCGAAAACGACCGGGCUGCUACGCCUGUCCCGAAGAAGAAAUCCAAGGACAAAGGUGUCAAGAAGGCCGGCUCUGCUACUGAUGAAGGCAUCUUGGGUGAUGAUGAAGCAACUCCAGGCAAGGAUGUCAGUAUCGCGCCAAAGGCGGCGAUCAAGAAUAUUUCCACUGCAAAGAUGGUUGAUGCUGCUGUGGCGAUCUGCAAGACAGACACCACCUCAAGCGAGGGCGAUGACUAA